CGUUGCCACCGCUGCUGCUUUAAUACUGGUUCAGGGCGUACUCGGCGCGUCUACUGCUGAUCCGAGAGAGCCAAUUGUCAUCUAUCCUUCGCCGUUUCAAGUCUUUCGCUCGCUCUCGACAAUAAUAAGAAAACUUUAAUAAUAAUAAUAAAUAUACCGCCACUGCUUAUCGCGGCUUUUUCCAAGCCGCUCCGCGCGAGUAUAUAAAUCUUCACCGAUUGACCCCCGGGGUAAUAAUAUAACGGACUCUGUAAGGAAAAAUCGAGGAAAAACAUGCAGUAACAAUAUAAAACAGUGGAUAUCUGCAGCGAGUGCUCAUACGACCGAUAAACAAACAAAUAAUUAAUAAUAAACGAGGACGCAAACAAUAAUGCCAUACUGCGUGUGCAAUCGUUGUUUCGUGGCUCGCGCGUUAAUAUCGUAACAGUGAUAAUAUAAUUAUAACGCGGCCCGGCACAAAAAAAAGUUACGAGGGGAAAAAAACAAGCGACUCUCGUACGCCGCAGAAUAACACGACAAUAAUUGACAGUAAACAUUUUGCACAAUUCGAUUCGGACAAUAAUAACAACAGUAAUAUUGAUAAGUGUCAUUGAGUGCGCUUGUGCGCGUGUUUUCAACUGCGUAACGUGUGUAAUACUUUUUUUACGUUAUCGUAAAGAUUUGUGUCUAUCUUGGACUCGUCUCUCCGCGAUUAAGAGCUUCUUAGUCGCCGUCGUAUCUGCAUAAUAGGCUGUUAACAGUGUCAAACGCGUAACUGCCUCGGCGGAGCAGCUACAAUAGCCGAGAGAGCGUCUACUUUGAGCAGCAGCGUCAAACGCCCGGGAGAGAAAAAAAAACCCCGUUCGUGUGUGUUUUUUUUCGUAACUACGCACGCAGUACCUGCACAACAACAACAACAACAACACAACGCGCGUCAAAUCAGAGAUGCAACAACAAAUAGAUGUGCCAGACUUGAAAAUGUCUAGAAAGCGUGGACGAGAAGAAAAAGAAAAAACAAUGACGUCAAUAAUGAAUAAUAGCACUAGUGCAGGAGAAAUGGAUAUUAACAGAGAAGGCUCACCAGUGUCUGCUUCCAUUUGUAAAGAGGCGCCAUUCAGUGAUGAACCUGAUGCUCUCCAAGAGGCAGACAAUUGUGAUUAUAAUAUAAAAAUAACAGUCAAAAUUGCAAAAUCUGGCAAAGCUCCCAGGAGAGUAAGAGUAUAUGCUGAUGGCAUUUAUGAUCUUUUUCAUCAAGGCCAUGCCCGGCAGUUGAUGCAGGCAAAGAAUUUAUUUCCCAAUGUGUAUCUCAUCGUUGGAGUUUGCAACGAUGAAUUGACACACUCAAGAAAAGGCCGUACUGUCAUGACCGAUUUGGAGAGAUAUGAUGCUGUCAGGCACUGUAGAUACGUAGACGAAGUUGUUCGAGAUGCUCCAUGGGAGCUAGAUGAUGAAUUUAUCGAAAAACAUAAGAUAGACUUUGUGGCCCACGAUGAUGUAUAUAACACAGAUGAUGGGCAAGAUGACAUCUACGCGAGACUGAAAGCUAAGGGAAUGUUUAUUGCAACUCAAAGAACCGAAGGUGUUUCUACAUCUGAUAUUGUUGCAAGAAUAGUAAAAGAUUAUGACAUUUAUGUCAGAAGAAAUUUAGCCAGAGGUUACAGCGCCAAAGAGCUGAAUGUUUCAUUCAUAAAUGAAAAAAAAUUCAAGCUACAGAACAAAUUUGAUGACCUCAAAGAUAAAGGAAAAAAAGUUAUGGACCAUUUUGGCGAAAAACGAAGUGAUAUGCUAAUAAAAUGGGAAGAAAAGUCUAGAGAUUUCAUCGACGCUUUUCUGCUACUAUUCGGACGCGAGGGUAGAUUGUCAACGAUUUGGAACGAGAGUAAAGGUAGAUUGAUGCAGGCAUUGUCACCACCAGCGAGUCCAAAGCGUGACGGAAGCCCAAAUAGUAGUAAUGGAAGUGCAAGUGGUAGCAGUAGCAAUCACGAUGAAGACAUCACAAGCCCACCACCAAAAAAAGCCGGCCGUUUCGAGCUUGCAUCAAACCGACCGUGCCUGAGUGAUGAUUACAGCGACGAUGAUGAAAUUCAAUACGAUACCACCAAAUGAAGGGACUGCGAAAGUCUUUUACAACUAAAAUCUAGAAGACUAAGGAUCACAUAACUAACAAGAUCAUGGUCUAGACAAUUCAUUGAUUCCUUUGACUGUUGAAUGAUUUUUAAUUUUAGAUAACUUGUAAGUUUAAAAAAAGUAUGCGAGGUUGUAUGAGGACAUAUUUUUUUCAAGUAUAUAACGAACGAAUGAAAGAUAAACGAGCUAAUCUUCAAAACAGAGCAAUAGUUUUAUUGGCUCUAUUUUAUAUAAUAUGAAAUGUAGAUAGAUACUCUAAUUGUUCAUUUUUAGAAUGACAAUUGUAAUGUAUGUACGCGAUAUGUGUCGCAAUGAUACGUGUAAAAUAGAAUAAAAAGGUCCAGUGUUUGAAAGUGUUGAGUGUAUUGAAAAUUUAGAAAAAAUUAUAACUGUUUAUGAUGUUAUGUUUUUUUAAAUUUACAAUCGUAUCACAACCGUGAAGUUAUAGUUAGUAAAUUUGCCAAAAUCUUCGUUGAAUCUCUUCUCUGUUUUUGCUGAUAAUAUUGGUUAAAAGCAUUGAAAUCAGUUAACAUUAUAACAGUGAGAUAGCAAGUGAAAAAGACUUCAUUACAGUGACCAUGAUAAAAUUGGCUAUUUUGCAGUAUGCAACGAAGUGAGUUAUUAAUUUGAAAAUGACAUUUGUUUGACAUUUAAAAAAAUUUUAAUUGUACGUUAAUUCUUUAAUCGCAAUCGCAUAGUGAUGUUUUGAGAAUACUGUUAAACUUUUGUUUACUAAAAUAUAAACGGCCGGCAUGAAACGGAAAGAUACGACAAUAGUUAGUUAUAGUUUUUCAAGGGCUUCUGAUUAAGAGAUAACACCACAUCAACAUACUAUAUUAAUUUCAGUUGAAAUCAAAUUUUUAAUUGUUAACUUUGCACUGCUUUAAGCACUACGAAUUUGUUUUAAGUUAUAAUUCUAUGAAUAAUCAAUAUUUAUUUUUCACUUUCACAGUAUAGUUUUAAAGAAUCAUAAUAAAUAGUAAUGGAAUUAUAUACUGAAAUUCCAAUUAGCCAGAAGCCCGAUAAAAUGUGGUAAUCAUCUAAGAAAGCUGUGUAAAUAUAAAACAGCGAUUUUAUUUUUUCUGAAUAAUUUGAGAAAAUGCAUGAUUCAAUUUCAUGAAGCAAUAUUUAUACACAUUGGUAAAAAGAUCAUUAAAACGCGAUAAAUGCAGACAUUUCUGAACGAGAUUCAUGUGAUAGACUUUCUUCUGAAAAAUGUUAAAGUUAAUAAUAAGUCUGCAACGCAUUUUUUUGCAAACAAAUGAUUUUAUAUAAGUUGUGAGGAAAAAAUUAUUGUGAGAAGAUUUUUCAUAGUAGAAAUACGAUAUUCAACACGAAUGAUAAUUUGUAUAAUAAAAAAAACAAUAACAAGAAUGAACUUAAAUAGUGUGAAAUAAACGUCAUUUAAUAAAUAUUGUUCUGAUUUCGGAAGCUUCGAUGAUGAUCGCCUUGAAUAAUGUUGACUAUUGUAGUAAUUAUCAAAAUUUAUGCAUCCAUUUUGGAAGUAAAGAAAAAAGUGUAAAGUUGUCUAAUUGUGUACUACAAUAAGUAUUCGUGAAAAUGUGUAAGCUGCGAUCGAGUUUUUUUUAAUUCGAUACAAGCCAAUGGUGCCUAAUAAAUAAUGAUGAUUUGAACUCA